GUCGUCAUGCUGUCAACCAGGUGUGUGGGUCUGGUCCUACUACCGCUGCGGCCCCUCCAGAGGUUUCCAGGAUUCAGGACUUGUCUCUUCCUGCGCGGCCUUGGGCGAGAGUCCUUCGAGAGAGGCCGGUUACUGUGUUUUAAAGCCUCACCUAGAGACACGGCAAAUGAAGAAGGAGAGCGCGAGGCGGCACAGAGGAAAGCCCCAGGCGCAGACUCGCCUCCAUCUCUCCCUCCCCCUGUCCGGGGACUUGGGACCAGAUGUCUAUCGUCGCCGGAAAGCUUCGGACUCCCGACGCCGCGAGAGGAGUCACCCCCUCAAGAGAGCGAGGGCUCGAGUGGAGACCAGGGCCGGACGGAUCCUGCACACCCGGGAUCCGGGAGUCCCUCAGUGUCCGCCUUGGUCCAGCCUGCCACCAAGGACGAAAUCUUUCACGUCUCCUCCUCCUGGUCCGCUUCCAGAGUGGUGCCUUUUCGGGUUGGGGAGCUGAUUUUAGCUGAGACUGGGAAGAGAGAAACACAAUUUAAAAAAUUAUUUAGGUUGAGCAACGCCGGACACUUAAAUAGUAAUUGGGGGACAGUCCCGUUCAGCGAGAUCGUGGGGAAGUUUCCCGGCCAGAUUCUGAGGAGUUCCUCUGGUAAGCACUUCAUGCUGAGGAGGCCGGCAUUGGAGGAUUAUGUGUUACUGAUGCAAAGAGGGCCUGCCAUAACGUAUCCUAAGGAUAUAAAUAUGAUACUGUCGAUGAUGAAUAUCCACCCAGGUGAUACUGUUUUGGAAGCUGGCUCGGGCUCUGGUGGAAUGAGCUUAUUUUUAUCCAAAGCAGUUGGAUCACAAGGACGAGUCAUAAGUUUCGAAAUUCGAAAGGACCACCACAAACUGGCUAUGAAGAAUUAUAGGCACUGGUGUGAUUCAUGGAAAAUAAGUCAUGUAGAAGAUUGGCCAGACAAUGUAGAUUUUAUUCAUAAGGAUAUUUUAGGAGCAACCGAGGACAUACAAUCUUUAACAUUUGAUGCGGUAGCUUUGGAUAUGUUGAAUCCUCAAGUUGCUUUGCCUGUUUUAUUCCCAAAUCUUAAACAGGGUGGUAUAUGUGCCGUAUAUCUAGCAAACAUCACACAGGUUAUUGAACUUUUAGAUGGAAUUCGCAUCUGUGAACUUGCCCUCUCAUGUGAAAAGAUAAGUGAAGUUAUUGUCAGAGAUUGGUUGGUUUGCCUUGCAAGACAGAAAAAUGGAAUUUUAGCUCAAAAAGUAGAACCUAAAAUCAACACAGAUUUACAAGCACACUCUCAAGAAAAAGUUAGAAUUGAAGGUGAGAUGUUUCAAUAUGAUGACCAUGAAGAAUCACAUUCUGAUUUUCCCUAUGGAUCGUUUCCCUAUAUUGCUAGACCUAUACACUGGCAAAUUGGUCAUACAGCUUUUCUUGUCAAGUUGAGGAAGUGCAAACCACAACUUAACUGAGUACCUCAGAUGACAACUGAUUUGAAGACUUGAAAAGUAUCAAAAUAGAACUUUAUAUUGCAAAUCACUACUUUCAUAGAUUGGUAUUUUUAGCUAUCACUAUGAUUUGUAUAACUUUUACAUGUAACUUUGAAAAGUAAUAAAAGCUGGAGAAACAUGUAACAUUUCAAAACUGCUUAAAUGUCUCAUUUUGACACUUGUCUUGCAGUUUGGCAUUUUGUAGUAAAUGAUUCCAAGUUGGUUUAGUUGAGCCAUUUCAUUCUUCACUUCCUGUA